AUGUGUCACAUUCAUUUUUUUCAUUUGUUUCUUUUUUCUUUAUUAAUUCUUUCUUUCUUCUUCAUCCAUUACUUUCUUAUUUUUCUCUUUAUUCAUUUCUUUCUUUUUCCAUUUCUUUCUUUUUUUUAUUCAUUUUUUAUCUGUUCCAUUUCUUUCUUUAUUUUUCUUACUUUCUUUCAGGUCUUUUUUCUCCUUUUUCCUUUUUUACGUUUUCCACUUAUUUAUUCAUUUUUAUUUCCGUUCUUCUUUCUUUCUUUAUUCCGUUCUCAUCUUUUACAUUUCUUUCUUUCUUUCUUUCUUUCUUUCUUUCUUUUCCUAUUUAUUCCCUUUUACUUUUUCAAUUUGUUUUUAUUUCCGUUCGAUUUUAGCCAUUUUUUACUUUUUAAUUUCUUUCUUUCUUUCUUUCUUUCUUUCUUACCAUUAUCUUUCACUAUUUAUUCCCUUUUUACCUUUUCCAUUUGUUUUUAUUUGCCUUUCUCUUCUUUCUUUCUUUCUUUCUUUCUUCCGUUCUUAUUUUUACCUCUUUGUUUCAUUUUUUCUUUCCCUUAUUCUCCAUUAACUUUUCCAUUUGUUUUUUUUACUUCCGUUCGACAUUUUUCUUUAUUCCGUUCUUAUCUUUUCCAUUUCUUUCUUUCUUUCUUUCUUUCUUUCUUUCUUUCUUUCUUUCUCUCUUUCUUUCUUUCUUGCUUGCUUUUUCUUUCUUUCUUUCUCUCUUUCUUUCUUUCUUUCCCAUCUUCUUUGACAUUUUAUUUUAUUUUUUUUACGUUUUCCAUUUAUUUUUUUUCUUUCCACACGUCUUUUUCUUUAUUCUGUUCCCAUUUUUUCCAUUCUUUCUUUCCUUCUUUCUUGCUUGCUUUUUUUUUUCCUUUCUUUUUUUCUUUCUUUCUUUCUUUCUUUCACACGUUUCCCAUUAUUGUAUUGUAUGUUUCUUUCAGUCUGUUUCUUUCGUUCUUCCGACAUUUUGAUACUCCCCCUUUAUCAUAA